UCACGUUUCCAGGUUGUUGUUCACACGCAUGGGUAGUGUGCGUUAAACAUAUUUUCUAUUUAUUGUGAUUAUUUAUUAAUUUAUUAAUAACCAUGAUAGUGUCAACGAACGAGAGCAAUCCAAAUGCGUUAAAAUUACUUAUCGCUGCUAAAUUAGAAAAGAAAACAAUAAACAUAAAGAUAACAGUUCCGAAUGAAACCGUUUUAAAUCGACUUCCUUUUCUUGAAUUGCCAAAUGGAUCUAAAAUAUUUAGUACAAGUGCAGGAAUGCAGUUUUUAGCGGCUCCUUCUGAAGAAUAUGAAAUAAUAACUAAUAAGUGGCUAGAAUGGGAUGCUUCUCAAUUACAGCCUGCAAUAACAUAUUAUGGAACUACAGGAAUGUAUAAAACAGAUUCCAAGUCUUGCUUAUGGUCUCUAUUAAGUGAAAUAAAUAAUGCGUUAAAAGACAAAAUGUACUUAAUUAAGGAUAAAAAUGAUAUAUCAUUAGCAGAUGCAUCUAUUUGGGUAUCUAUAUGGUCUACUGUAAUGGUUACUGAGAUUGGGAAUGAAAUACUUAAAGAAUAUGUAUAUCUUAGUGAUUGGUUGAAAAAUAUAGAAUUACUGCCAAUUAUUCAGGACUCUUUGAAAGUAUUUUCAUUAGAAAGAGGUUUAAAAGCAAUUAACAGUAUUCAAGCAGGAUCUUGGUUUCCAGUUAACUCAACCAAAUCCUGCAAAUCUACUACUAACGAACUUAAUUUGAAUAAAGAAAAAGAUGAAAAAGAUGAAGUAGUUAGCCAAGAAGAAUUGGAUAAAGCAGCGACUAAUUGGAAUUCGUGUAAUUGUCCAAAUGUAAAAGAACCAUCGUAUCCUGUUUUACCUAAAAAGGGAGAAAGGAACAUCUUAAUUACAUCUGCGCUUCCGUAUGUAAAUAAUGUACCUCACUUAGGCAAUAUUGUUGGUUGUGUUCUUUCUGCAGAUAUAUUUGCUAGAUAUUGUCGGCAAAGAAAUUAUAAUACGUUAUAUAUCAGUGGUACUGAUGAAUACGGUACUGCCACUGAGGCCAAAGCAUUAGAAGAAAAAACAACACCUCAAGAAAUAUGUGAUAAAUUCUUUAGUAUCCAUAAUGAUGUUUAUCGCUGGUUUGGUAUUGGAUUUGAUUAUUUCGGACGUACUACAACAGCUGAACAAACAGAAAUUGUUCAGUCAUUUUUCUUAAAAAUCAAAUCACAAGGAUAUGUGCUGAUGGAUACUGUUGAUCAGCUUCUUUGUGAAUCCUGUGAUCGAUUUUUAGCUGAUAGAUUUGUGGAAGGAAUUUGUCCUAGAUGUAAAUAUGAAGACGCUCGGGGUGAUCAAUGUGAUGGUUGUGGUCAUUUAGUAAAUGCAACAGAGUUGAUUAAUCCUCGAUGUAAAAUCUGUAGCAAUAGACCUAUCAUUAAGAAAUCAAGACAAUUCUUUUUAGAUUUACCUAAGUUAGAAGAAAGAUUGAAAGUAUGGUCAGCCAAAGUAGAAAAAGGUUGGUCAGCUGUAGCUCGAGUGGUUACAAAACCAUGGUUACGUGACGGUCUUAAACCACGUUGUAUAACUCGUGAUUUAAAAUGGGGUAUACCUGUACCAGCUGAGGGAUUUGAAAAUAAAGUUUUUUAUGUUUGGUUUGAUGCUCCUUUUGGUUAUAUCAGUAUUACAAAAAGAUAUACUAAAGAGUAUGAACAAUGGUGGAAACCUAAUGGUACUGAUAUUAGUUUGUACCAAUUUAUGGCUAAAGAUAAUGUACCAUUCCAUACUAUCAUGUUUCCUGCCUCUUUAUUAGCAACUAAUGAAGAUUAUACGUUAUUGAAACAUUUGAUGGCUAUUGAAUAUCUGAAUUAUGAAGAUACUAAAUUCUCAAAAUCUAGAGGUAUUGGUGUAUUUGGAACUGAUGCUAGAGAAACAGGUAUUCCAGCUGAUGUAUGGAGAUUUUAUCUUGCAUACAUUAGACCUGAAAGCCAGGAUUCGAAUUUCAAUUGGGCAGAUUUAGCAACUAAAAAUAACAAUGAGUUAUUAAAUAAUCUUGGAAACUUUAUUAACAGGGCUCUAGUAUUUACAGAAAAGUUUUUUGAAUCUAAAGUACCACCAAUGGAACCUCAAGAAGAUGAUCUGACUUUAUUAGCAUUAGCUCAACGUGAAUUGACAUCUUAUAUAAUUGCACUUGAACAAGCUAAAUUAAGAGAUGGUAUAAAAUAUGUUUUAGCAAUUUCGAAACAUGGAAAUCAAUAUAUGCAAUCGCAACAACCAUGGGCCAAAGUAAAGGGUACAGACGAUGAUAAAAAGAAAGCCGGGACAGUAAUUGGAAUUUGUUGUAAUUUAACGUGUCUUUUAUCAGCUCUGUUGGCACCUUAUAUGCCUUCUACUUCUCGUGAAAUAAGGGGACAAUUAGGGUUGGAUAAAACACGUUAUGGAUAUAUUCCAGAUACAAUUAUGAAUAUGCUACCUUCUGGCCAUAAAAUUGGUAAAGCAUCGCCUCUCUUUACAAAAAUAGAAGACCAAUUGAUUGAAGAGUUAAGGAAAAAAUAUUCCGGGAAACAAGAAUCUAAUGGUACUCAAUCUAAAAUGAAUAAUGGCACUGAGCAACUAGUCAAAGAGGUAAUAUGCAACAAUGAUAAAAAUGUCCAGCAGCCUAAUGUAGACGUUCCUGUUAAAAUGCAAAAUAAACAAGCUGAUCUCAAGCAAGAUACUGAUACUGCCAACAAUAAGAAAGUUAAACCAUUACAUACUCCUGAGCAGAACGGAGAUACUAGUACAGAUAUCAAUUCUUUAGAAGCAGCUAUUGCAAAACAAGGCACUUUAGUGCGCGAAUUAAAAGCAAAAGAAGAAAAGAGCGUGUGGCAGCCGCAAGUAGACAUUUUAUUAAAGUUAAAAAAUCAAUUAGCCAGUUUGACUGGUACAAAAAUUCCAGAUAAAAAGUCAAAGAAAAAAAAGUAAUUAUAAUCACAAUACAUAAAUUACCUUCAUUGAUAAUAAUCCAUAAAAACACUUAUCUUGAAUUGUCUUUUAUCAUGUAAACUAUACAGGUGUUAAAUAUUUGAUAUGCUUUUUUAACAUAUAUAUGAAAGGGUAUAAGAAAUAUAUCCUACAUCACUUAAGAAAUUGUCUUUAAAAAUAAAUCAAUUGA